CUAGCAAGCUUUGUCUCUAAACUUUCUCCAAUUCUAAUCAACUUAAAAACCGUGUUUAAAAAACUUUGCUUUACGGAUCUAAUUGUAUCCCUAGUAAAUCGCUGUGUUUCACCGAUUCUAUGCCACUGGCAGCCUUUUGCUGUCCGUCGUCGAUCUGUGACAGCCUGCCACCCUUCAAGCAGUCACGUGCCAUGCCGCUGUUCAACAAGAAGUUCGAGGCGAAGCCGAUUCCAGUGCGCCAGGGACGUUGCAACAUCGGACAUCCGGUGGCCACCGAGGAUCUGGAUGACUAUCGUCACAUAUCCCUGACACUGGGCAGCAAGGAGCUGCGCUUUGCGGACGGCAUCUGGAUGCAUGCGUCGCGAAAGGGAGACGUGGAUGACAUGCUGCGGCUGAACAAGAAGUUUCGUGCCCUCGAGGAGGAGAACAACAUGUGCAAUCUGAAGAUCGAGGUGAUGCUGGAUCUGCUGGCCGAGCAUGCGACGGAGCUAAGUGAGCUGAAGCCAAAGGAAAAGUAAUGGGAACUAUUACAAAAUACAUUUGUAAUCUAAAAAAGUCGUAACCGGAAACGCUUCAUAAGCACGUUUUUAUU